UAUGCCUAUACUGGGAAGACAAAAAUAACAGAUGAUAAUGUAGAAAUGUUCUUUCAGUUGUCAUCGUUUCUUCAAGUUCCCUUCCUAUCCAAAGCUUGCAGUGACUUUUUAAUAAAGAGUAUUGAUCUUGUCAAUUGUUUACAGUUAUUAUCAAUGUCAGAUAGCUAUGGCUCUACCCGUUUGUUUGAUCAUGCAUUAUACUUUGUACAACAUCACUUUUCUUUAUUGUUUAAAUCCAGUGAUUUUUUAGAGAUGAAUUUUGGAGUACUACAAAAAUGUCUGGAAUCGGAUGAAUUAAAUGUUCCUGAAGAAGAAACUGUACUGAAAGUGGUCCUUACCUGGACUAAACAUAAUUUAGAGUCAAGGCAAAAGCAUCUGCCUCACUUGAUUAAAAAAGUGAGAUUACAUCAGUUAUCUGAGGAGACACUCCAAGACUGUUUGCUUAAUGAAGAGUGUUUACUCAAAAGUACAAACUGCUUUGAUAUAAUCAUAGAUGCAAUUAAGUGUGUGCAAGGUUCUGGUGGACUUUUCCCUGAUGCUCGACCAUCCACAACUGAAAAAUAUAUAUUUGUUCACAAAACUGAGGAAAAUGGAGAAAAUCAAUAUACAUUUUGCUAUAAUAUUAAAACUGAUUCGUGGAAAAUACUGCCACAAUCACACCUGAUUGAUUUGCCAGGAUCUAGCCUGUCUAGUUAUGGAGAGAAAAUAUUCUUGACAGGUGGUUGCAAAGGGAAGUGUUGUAGAACGGUUCGACUUCAUAUUGCUGAGUCAUACCAUGAUGCCACUGAUCAAACCUGGUGCUAUUGUCCAGUCAAAAAUGAUUUCUUCUUGGCAUCAACUAUGAAGACACCAAGAACCAUGCAUACAUCAGUUAUGGCUCUCAAUAGAUUAUUUGUCAUAGGUGGAAAGACUAGAGGAUCUCAGGACAUUAGAAGCCUCUUAGAUGUUGAAUCUUACAAUCCUCUUUCCAAAGAAUGGGUGUCUGUUAGCCCACUGCCCAGAGGCAUAUACUAUCCGGAAGCAAGUGCAUGCCAAAAUGUAAUUUAUGUUCUUGGAUCAGAGGUAGAGAUUACUGAUGCCUUUAACCCAUCUCUUGAUUGCUUUUUUAAAUACAAUGCUACAACUGAUCAGUGGUCUGAACUAGUAGCAGAGUUUGGGCAGUUUUUUCAUGCAACACUAAUUAAAGCAGUCCCAGUAAAUUACACACUGUAUAUAUGUGACCUUUCCACCUAUAAGGUGUAUAGUUUUUGUCCAGAUACUUGUGUUUGGAAGGGUGAAGGAUCUUUUGAAUGUGCAGGGUUUAAUGCAGGUGCAAUUGGAAUUGAAGAUAAAAUUUAUAUAUUAGGUGGUGAUUAUGCACCAGAUGAAAUCACAGAUGAAGUGCAGGUCUACCACAGCAGCAGGUCCGAGUGGGAAGAAGUUUCACCAAUGCCAAGAGCCUUAACUGAAUUUUACUGCCAGGUGGUUCAGUUUAAUAAAUACAGGGACCCUUGGUUUUCUCAUCAUUUCUAAAAGUAAUAUAUGCUUGGACAUUCUCAAACUAUUGCAGUCCUAAAAACAUAUAUUAAACUUGUUAACCAUAAUGAUUGAGGAAAAGGUCUUUAUGUCUUAAUAAAAUGUCCUUCCUAUUAGAGAAUUACUAUGUAUACAUGCCAUAUAUGUAUUAACAGUUCCCAGACACUUAAAAUAAGUACAUUUUACCAAAAAUUGUACUGAAUAUAAUUUAAUCUCUGAGAAUACAGGAGUCUCUUGGAUGCUUUGAGUUUUAAAGUACUUUAGCUGGAAUCGACUACAGCAACGGGUUUGGUUUUUUUUUUUUUAGUUUAUCCAUGAAAGACUAGUAAAAACAUCAAAGUUCACAGAUUUCUACUAUCUAGAUGGAAGAAGUCUCUUUAGAUAAUAGAAAUGUAUUAUUAAACUCUUUAUUACAUGAAGUAAAAAGUAAGUUAGAAAGAGGUGAGAAUUCUGCCCCGUUAUGUAGGUUUAAGAGUUCUUGAGUUGCUGUCCUUUCUGAUAAUUAGUUAACUCCUUUUAAGCACUUUCCUUUCACCAUUUUUUUGGUUAGAAAUUUUUCUAAAAUGUAAUAUAUAUCUCCAGCCUUCUGAACAGUACACUAAACACAAUUUUUUUUAUGAUUCAGCUCUUCAUUAAGAGCAUAAUGUACCGUGUUAUAAUACUAUAAUGCCACUUAUAGUUACUGAAAUGCUUUUAAAAUUGCUGAAUCUAUUAAGUCUCAGCAUCAGUUGCUUUCAGUUUCUAGCAAUAUCAUACCUCUCUUAUUAUUUUCUGGCCCAAGCUUAGUAAACUAACAUUCUUAAUUUAAUUAGCAGUUCUAAGUUAAACGUGACCUGAGUUUAUCUCAACAUGUAUUCCAUCAAGUGACAUUCUUGGAAUAUGGGAUGACAAUCCUAAAAUACAAUUUCUCUAUCAUUGCUAGGUUCUAAUAUAAUUGAGGGUGUAGAAAAUAUGACUUCUAGAUAAGUUGCAUUUCUUGAAGUUUUAAAUGUGCAAAUUUGAGUUGUAAUAAGACAUUUCAAGAUUUAAAUUAGUACCAUACCAAUUUUCUGCAAAAAAAUUACUAACUGUAAAGUACCAUGUUGUUUUACUACUUCACUAAAUUAUUCAUAGUGAAUUGUUUUGUUUAAAAAAUG